AUGGCACCUCAGCUUGACAAUCACAGUCACAGUGACGUUCAAGUCGCGACAAAAAGUAGCCUCGAUGCCAAAGCCGACCCUGUACCGGACACAGAGGCAAUCGACAAUGGUGUUGACCCUAAUGCAAAGUCAGGUUCUAAAUGGCGUCGCAUUGCUGGCUUCUUUUGGGACUCGAUUGAUGGAGAUCCCAAAUACCGUGCAUAUGUCAGACGUUUAGAUUUGAUCUUUUUUCCAACGGUUUUGCUUGGCUACUUUAUCAAGUACUUGGACCAGACCAAUUACAGUAAUGCUUUCGUUAGUGGCAUGCAAGAAGAUCUCAGUUUUUACGGCAACGAACGAAACUGGCUUGGAACAUGGUUCAGUCUGGGCGUCAUGGUCGGCACCAUCCCGGCCCAGAUGCUACAGCUGAGCCAUAUACGUCCUUCCAUCUUGAUUCCUACUUGCGAGAUAUGCUGGUCGGCUUUAGUCAUUGGCAUGGGUUUCACCCACAGCAUCAAAGUGAUGUACGCUUUGCGUUUCUUCAUCGGCUUGUUUGAAUCUUGCGCUUUUCCUGGAUACAUCGCUAUGCUUGGCAGUUGGUAUGGUCCCAACGAGCUGACAAAGCGUCUCGCUAUUCUUCUCGAGGUUGAGUCCAUCGCCAGCAUGUUCAGCGGAUAUCUCCAGGCUGGUUUAUACACUAGUAUGAACGGACGCCAUGGCCUCGCUGGUUGGAGGUGGUUGUUUAUUAUGGACGGAGUUAUCUCAGUUCCUAUUGCUAUAUGGGGUCUAUUCGGACUGCCUGAUCACCCACACAACACGAGAGCCUUUUACUGGACAAAUGAGUAUAUCAAGUAUGGUCAAGAGCGAAUUGCCAAGUUUGGUGUCACAGAGCAGGUUAAACUGAACUGGGCCGAGAUCAAGCGAAUCUAUACCGGAUGGAGAAUCUGGAUGUUUGUCGUCCCUUAUACCAUGGUCGCUGCCUGUCACACAGCUACAAGUUACUUUAACCUCUGGCUCAAGGCAGAGGGAUACAGUGUUCAAAAGAUCAACUACUUACCAACCGGUGGGAAUGCCCUGGCCAUUGUGGUAACAGUGGCUUGGGGCAUGAUAGCAGACCGAACUAAACAGUACUACUGGCUGAUCCUAUCUCUCACGCUUCUGAUGAUUGUGGCCAAUAUUCUUCUUUCACUUUGGGACAUUCCCAAGUCUGCGCUCAUGUUCGCUUACUAUAUAUCCUACGCUGGCUCAGCAUGUACGCCUGUGCUCAUUAGUUGGACGUACGGUUUGAAUGCUGCGGAUCCUAACACGAGGCAGCUUUUGGUGGCUACGGCUAAUCUUGUAUCGUACGCCUGGGUCCUCUGGGUACCAUUGGUUCUGUUCCCAACAUACGAUGCGCCCAAGUACAAGUAUGGUUAUCAGAUUUUGAUCCUCUUUGGCGGAAUCGCUAUUUUGAGCAUCACUGCGAUGAAAUAUCUAUAUAGUCGGAAAAAGUAA